AUGAGCGCCACGGCAAAACGAUCCCGGCGUGCCAAUGCUGGCAACAAGCUGCGAACAAUGGUUGAGGAAGAGCAGGCCAAGCUCGACAGCGGCGAGAUUGCUGGCAGCGACGAAGACGAGGAUUUCGUCAAGAAGGGCGAUGAGGAGGAUGUGGUUGAUUCCGAUUUCGAAGAAACGGACUCCGAGGUCGAGCACGCGGCCGCCGACGCCAGCAAACUGGCUGAAGCCCUGAUCGCCAAGGCAGAGCGCAGGCAAAAGCGCAAGCUGGCGAAGAAGCGCAUCGUGCCGCGGUUCGCCAGCCUCAAGACCAAAGCGAAGAAGGAGCCUUCUGACAGCGACUCGACGCGCAAAUCCAAGGCGCCGGAAUUUGCGGUGCGGUUUUCAAGCCGCUCGUCAGCAGUGCGCAAGGCAAAGGAGAGUGACAUGCUGAAGCACGAGCGCGAGGUGAUGGCAGACAUUAAGCGGAGGCACAAGAAGCCAAAGAAGGCAGAGGAGGCGGCGCUGACGCAAGAGGAGCUGCUGGAGGAGGCAAAGCAGACGGAGAAGCUGAACAUGGAGAAGCUGAAAGAGUUCCAGGAGAUGGCGGCUGAGGAAAAGAUGCGACAGAGGGCGGCCAGUGCACGCAAGGCACCGCUUAUCAUCCAGCCGGUUGUCCACUGGAAGUCAGCGGCUGUCAGUUCUGGAGAGCCGCUGGUGCGGGAGGUGAAGACGGAGUAUUCGCUGGACGAGAUCGAUGACAAGCACUACCCAGUCAACCCGUGGAGCCGCCGAAUGCUGAUCAAGGACCCACCGCUGUGCCCUGUCACCGGACUGCCUGCACGCUACUUCCACCCGCGAGUCAGGGUCCCGUACGCCAAUGCGCGGGCGUACCGGGUCCUGGAGGAGCUGGCUCGCGGCGAGCACGCAUACUUUUAUGAUCUGGGUGUGUGGGGAAGCUCAGCAUCGCUUUAG